GUAUCCUGCAUAGAUUACAAGCCACUACUUACGUAUGUAGUGCUAGGGUUCUGGUUAUAUUCUUGCUCUGUUGAAAGUGCAGCUGCCACAGGACUGACUGACUGACCUAAUUACUAGAUAAUCAUCAACCUAUAACAUAACUGUACUUUUACUUACGCUUGCUUGCCUUCUACCUCACAUGCAGGCCAGCGAGGCUUGGUUUGGCUGCGUCAACCACCCCUCGUCCGCACAUCGUGGCUUUUUCUCCUCUCGUUGGUGCUUCGCUCCCAAAGCCGAGGGUCGUGUCGUCAUGACUGAUCCUGGUGGAUGGAGUCGUCCGGGGCGAUCGCCUGGACUGUUAGUAUUGGGUACUGGUUUCGAUCUGCCAUUCUCCUCUUCCCUCAGGAACACUCGUGGCCUUGCUGUACUUGUGGUUCGACAAAUGAGAGCCCGAAGGGCCGGUAAUCGGCGUAUCGGUUCGCCCUCGCUGGUCACCUCCACCACCUCCACUGUUCCGUUCCCACUAUCUUUUGUGCCUUAGUCAUGCUAAGUCGGUCCAACGCACGAGAUAUGGGGCUAUUGGAAUUUUUGCAAGGGCAUAUGAAAAUGGUGAAAAAAGAGAAAGAGAAUAUUAAGUGGACCAUUACACCUUGGCGGAGCAUGGGGUACCCUGGUGUCCUGGUGCCUUUUUUUUUUUUGCCCUAUUUUAUGUCUUUCAGUGGCUGCCUGUCACUGCUGAACCCAACUAAACC